CGUGCGGUUUUCUUAACUACGUCAACCUACCAAACCGGAACAAAUGCGUGCGGGCCUCUGACAACUCCGAACGCCUUCAAACUAUUCUAAAACUCAAGUGAAUGGUUUCGUUUUGUAAUUAAUGUAGCUAUUUUAAACACAUUUAGGGCGUUCGGUCUGACAAUGGGAGCCAAUAACAGUACCCGCCGUGUGUCGUAUGAGUCAGACGAGAACGAGAACGUAACUGUGGUGAAGGGCAUCAGGCUGUCUGAGAAUGUCAUCAACCGAAUGAGAGAACCUGCUACGGCGCCCCCGUUUGUCCCAAAUCCCAGGCCCGCACCUCCUUCCACCUUGAUUCCUCCACCACCUCCCCCAGAGACCGUACCCACACCUUCACCACCUCCUCAACCCGAGCAGGUAGAAGCGCCCACCAUUAUUGACAUGGUGCUGCCCUCUUCGUCACCUGCAGCUUUUGAGCCUCCCCUGCCACUAGCAACCCCUGCUCCUCCUUCUCCUCCUCCUGCUGCUGCUGCUGUUGAGCCGGUAACUACAUGCUUUGCUUCUCCAACCCCCGCUGAUGCAACCGUCCCCGCUGUGGUGAAUACAGUAACCCCGCUUCCCCCUCCACUAAUUGAGCCUACUGCUCCUUCACCUGUUGCAUCCCCUCCUGCUCUCCUGCUUCCUGAUUCCCAACCCCUGUCCUCCCUCCCUGUUUCUGAGCCUGUCACCACCCUGCCGCCACCUCCACAGGCUCAGGCUCCAGUGGGGCCAGUAUCAUCUUCUCCUGUGCCAGAAUCUAGUCCAGUACCUCCGCGGACGCCUGCUGCUGCACCAGCCAUUGAUGAAGAAUCCCUGAAGAAGAUCAGUGACGAGUUGUACGAAGGCCUGGAGAAGCAGAGAGUCAAAACGGAGCAGGAGCUCCAAGCCUGGCUGGAGGCCGAGAAGGCCCGUGCGGCAGCGCAAGCCCAGGCUGACACCAAGCGCCACGUGGAGGACGAGGUGUCCAGGAUCCUGUCUGCAGAGCGCGUCGUGGCCCAGGAGAGCAUCCAGCAGGCCGUCCUCAGGGAGAGGAUCGCCACAGAAGACGAGAAGCUCCGUGCUCAGCUCUAUGAGAUAGGACUUAAGGCCAAGCAGCUGGAGGCUAAAGAGGCGGACCUGCACAAGCAGGAAGUGUUCUACAGGGAGCAGGUGGCACGGCUGGAGGAGAAGAGUGCUCAGUUCUACAAGGUCACCACCGAGAACUACCACACAGCUGCGGAUCAAGUGAACGCCAAGUUCAAGCGCUACGAGGCGUAUCCUGUGUGUGCGGACCUGCAGGGCCAGAUCCUGGCGUGCUACAACCAGAACGCAGGCAAAACCCUCCAUUGCUCCAACAUCGCAGCGCUGUACCUGCAGUGUGUCAACAACGCCAAACAGAAAAAUAAGCACGCCGCAUCGUGGACAGAUGACACACCAAGUUGAGGACGGGGGGUUAGAGGAAGAAAGGGAAUAAGAAAGAUGGAGCAAUGAAGAGUUAUUACGUGGGAUCACUGAUUAUCGACCUGCUGACAAGAAGAGAGGAACGAGUCAAGAUGCACACCCUGAAAAAAAAAAAAAAAAAAAAACUCUGAAGACCGGAACCCCACCCCCCACUUGGACCCCCACCACACCCCCGCCACACCCCCCACCCCCCACGUGGACAUCUUUGACACUUUUCCCUGUAUGGAUCCACCAAAAGGCCUUAGACGGACAAUCAAACAGUAGAAUAAGCAGUAGCUAACAUUUCAGCAAUCGUUUUGUUCGAUAUUGUCUUACUGUAGGAAUCAUUAUACUUUAGAGUAGUCAGUGUGCAGCUUGUACUACAUCAGUAUCACUGCUCUAUCCAUGCAAAAUGAGUCAACUUUGAGUCAAUUUUUGUCUAAAUAGCCGGCAAAAACGGCAAAAUAUAGGAUCAGACAACCAAAUUAGCUGAAAGAACUAGCUUAGAGUGCCUUACCAGGAAGUAGACUACUUCCUGUAGAUGUUUUUGAUCCGACAAAUAUUAAGUAACUUUGAUCAAAUGCAGAAUUACUACAGUUUCUGCUUGGACGUCAGACGUCAAGACGUUACACGUCACUAGCGAGUGACGCUCGGAAAUUACGUAAGAAGGUAGGAUUUUAACGUAAUUUUUCCAAUCUAGCCUGACGUCACAUGACGUCACGUUCCGAGAUCACGUGACACAUCUCGAAGUGAGUAGCUGAGAACUAUGUUCUUGAUCUUGACCUGCACGAGUGCAGCCGCCACCGGAGAGGAGCUGUGGUUCAUGUCGGGGCAACCUGAAUUCCAAUCAGUACAAGCAGAAAGGCGUGCCCAGAUUCUGAUUCCGAACGUCAGAGUCCAUGUUGGAAUUCGUGUACCCCCCCACCGCCAUUACGAUACGCUGACUCAUUUUCAGUGGCCAGUGAAUCUACAUUACUAUACAUACAAGCUGUACACUGACUACUCUAAAUAAUAUCCAGGUUUGUUUUUGGGUAGUAUUCUCCCUUGAGAAAAAUACAAAUAAAUAAAAAAAAUACUUGCUGAAAUGCUGAGAUACUGUACCUGGACUCCUCCCACCCUCGUGUACUCCAUUUACCCAGAGGUAAAGUAUUUUUUUUUUACAAACCUCAUUGCUUUCUAUGCACUUCCCUGCACACAAAUACACGUGUUCGAGUCCGUGUUGUGUAACUCUCCGAUCAGAGGAGAAAUAAAAGAUGCAGCAACUCUUGUUGAACUUUUCUUUCCAUUAAUAUUCAGCGGGCGCCGUCGCUCUCUCUCUUUCUCACUCUCUCUCUCUAUCUCUUGCGUGUUUUAUGCUAAUAACACGCAAGCGUUUUUGAUGGAUACGCGACCCCCCCCCCCUCUUGUGUUUGUCACGUGGCGCCCGGGAGGCUGGCGGUUUGGGAAGUAUUCACAAGGCAGAUCUUGAGCUUCGUAAUCUGUUUUGUUAUUUCUGUCUUUAUUUUAAACCCCAGCGGUGUCCCUGCUCAGUUUCUUGCACUGAUGUUGUCAUGGAGGAGACAGCUUCUUCAUGCUGCCUGCACCCUUAGGAUUUUUUUUGUGAGGGGGGGUGCGUGCAGGCAGGUGACGGCUGAGGGGAUGCCGUCUUAAUAAUUCCGAAUCAUGGGGUGAAAAUGAGCGUGGGUGACGGACAGAGGCGGAGAUGCAUGCAAGCAUGAGAGGUCUCUGUGUGAUUAAUCCCCUCCCCCUUUUCUGUCCGUCAAUCAGCUGUCCUUUUGCUUUUUUUUUACUUUUGGAGUCCCUCAGGGUUGACUUCUAUUAUAGUGCA